CUAGCAACGGGGAAACAGCGGCGCGGGCCGCUGCGGCGCGAUCGCCCCCGGGCGGUGCGAGGGGCCGGGGCGCCCGAGGGCAGAAGGGCGGAGCGGCGGAAAACGGCCCGCUAAGGCUCGGGCGUCUUCAGCUCCAAAAUGGGUAAAAAAGUGAGGAAGGAAGUAGAGCCUCCACCCAAGGAUGUGUUUGAGCCUUUACUGAUUGAAAGCAAAGCAGCAGCAACAGUUGUACUAAUGCUUGAUUCUCCAGAAGAGGAAGUUUUGGCCAAAGCAUGUGAUGCUAUAUAUAAAUUUGCAUCAAAAGGUGAUGAAAACAAAGUGGCACUUCUUGGUCUUGGAGCAGUGGAACGUUUGUAUAAACUCAUCUCACAUGAAGAUCCAAUAGUACGCAGAAAUGCCAUGAUGGUAUUUGGUAUCAUGGCUUCUAAUCAUGAUGUCAAGAAGUUACUCAGGGAACUGGAUGUCACAAGUUCACUUCUGUCACACCUGGUACCAGAAGAAGAUGUGGUUAUUCAUGAAUUUGCUACUCUGUGUCUGGCACAUAUGGCUGUUGAAUAUACUACUAAAGUACAAAUAUUUGAGCAAGGUGGAUUAGAACCACUUAUAAGUCUACUAAGUAGUCCUGACCCUGAUGUUACGAAGAAUUCAGUUGAAUGUAUUUAUCUCCUGGUACAGGAUUUUCAGAGCCGUGCUGCUGUUUGUGAACUGAAUGUAAUUCCACCGUUGCUGGAUCUACUGAAAUCUGAAUAUCCUGUUAUUCAGUUGCUAGCCCUUAAAACCUUGGAAGUAAUUAGCAAAGACAGAGAAACAAGGAUAAUACUGGGAGAAAAUCAAGGAUUAGAUUGUCUUCUGAAGAUACUGGAAACCAAUGAAUUCAACGAUCUACAUGUGGAAGCUCUUGCUGUGCUGGGAAAUUGUCUUGAAGAUGUGCAUACUAUGCAAUUGAUUCGGCAGACAGGAGGCCUUAAAAAGCUACUUUCAUUUGUUGGAGUCUCUACUGUUCCUGAUAUUCAGAAGAAUGCAGCGAAGGCAAUUGCCAAAGCAGCUUGUGAUUCUGAAAAUAGAAAAAUCUUAAAUGAGGAAAAUGUUGAGAACUGUCUCAUAAAUCUUUUGGAAGUUGAUGAUGAUGGAGUUAAAGUUGCUGCUUCCCAAGCUAUUUCUGCCAUGUGUGAGAAUUUGGCUAGCAAACGUGUGUUUGGACUCCAGGGGAUUCCCCAGCUAGUGCAGUUGCUAAGCAGUGAUGAUGAAGAGGUAAAAGAAGCUGCAGUCAUAGCAUUAGCCAAUUUGACAACAGCCAGUCCUAGUAAUGCAAGCGCUGUUGCAGAAGCUGAAGGAAUUGAGCCUUUAGUGAAGACCUUAAACACCGAGAGACACGAAGCCGUUGCUAAUGCUGCUGCAGUGCUAACAAAUAUGGCCAUGCAAGAGCCUUUGCGCUUGUGUAUUCAGAGCCACGGCGUGAUGAGUGUGCUCACAGAGCCGCUACGUUCUGCCAGCAGCCGGGUGCAAAGCAGGGCAGCACUCGCUGUGGCUGCCUUUGGUUGUGAUGCUAACGCAAGAAGUGAGUUAAGAGAUGCAGGUGGAUUGGGACCACUUGUUGAGCUACUACAUUCAAAGGACAAAGAAGUCAGAAGAAAUGCCUGUUGGGCUGUCAUGGUCUGUGCAAGCGAUGAACUAACUGCUGUCGAACUGUGCCGGCUAGGUGCGCUAGACAUCCUAGAAGAAGUUAAUCGGUUAACAGGGCACAGAAAUAACUUUAGUGAAGCUGCUCUGGAAAGGCUACUUGAUAACAAUCUUUCCCAGAAGUACAGCCAAAUGGGAUAUUUAUCAUCAAGUAAUGUCAUUACUGAUGGAUUCUAUGAUUAUGGGAAGAUAAAACCCGGCGUAAAACUUCUGUCUUUGGAGGAACUGAGUAUGCAAGAGCUUGCUGACCGUCGGGCCAUAAUCUUCAUUAAUGCUAAGCCGCAAGAAAAUGUCCUUGCAGUAGAGGAAAAGCCACAGCAUUUAUCUUAUGAACAGACUACUUUGUCACCUUUUACUUCAAGAAAAAGUAGUAGAGAAAAAUUAAGAAAAGGGAAAGGGAAGAAAGAAGAAGAAAAAAUGAAAGAAGUUGAGAUUAUGUCUGAAGUCCAGGAUGAAAUAAAUCUGGAAGAUGUCCAGUGGCAACCACCACCCGACUUCAUGUUAAUGAAUUACAUUAAUGAUGCUUCUAAAACAAUUCUACCACUCGCCACUACUCGGGAACAGGUUGUGGCUCUUGCACAGUUUGUUGCAGACAAAAUGGGUGGUGCAAUUGAAAGAGACAAACUACACGAUUUCAGCUGGGAGCUACACAUAAGUGAAAUAAAAUUUGAACUGAAAUCCAACAUUGUGCCUAUUGGGAAAGUUAAAAAAGGAACAUUUUACCACAGGGCUUUACUUUUCAAGGUGAUAGCAGACAGACUUGGAAUUGGCUGUAGUUUAGUUCGUGGCGAGUAUAACAGAGGUUGGAAUGAAGUUAAAUUGGUUGAUGACUCUCCUCAAGGAGUAACUGGGCUUCUGCUUCCUCCUCAAGAGUAUAUUGUAGAUCUGAUGUUUGUACCAGGCUUUCUGAUGAAACAAGAAAGUGUAGAGGCUGAUCAGUACAAAUAUAUUUAAUCACACCCAAAUUUCUCAAAAAUAAGCAUUUUAAGAUGAUUAUAUGCUGUAAUCUAUGAAAGAAAAGGGGGUUGCAGUCCAAAGGAAAUGCAUACAUUUCUAUCGACAUUUGCUGAAAGACGCUCUUCAUUUUCUGAGAAUUUACUUUAGAUAUCUGUAUUUGGUAUGUUGUUCUAAACAUGGAAUUAAUCAUAUUUUACAUAGCCAGCCUCAGUUCUUAGAAAUUAGGGAGGGAGUGGAGGCUGUUAGUGCUGGUACUACAUUAAGACUAAAAUUAAAAUUUAGUAGAUCAAGAAUAUUUGAUAUAUUGUGCUUAUUAUAUAGAUUUAAAUUAUUUCCAAACUACUAUUUUUUUAUUUUUUUUUUUACUUGUGGUUCUUCAACAGUGUACUUUGCUUCUGGGGAAAACAUUCCAUUUAUAUUUCUUGGAACUUGCUAUAAUUAUGGAUAAUAUACUCUAUGUAAAAGUAAAUAGUUUGUCCUGCCACAGAGAAGAGAGAUGAUUUAUAAAUUAGUGCUUGCAAUCUCCCUUUAAUUUCUAAGUCUAAGGAUUAUGUGAUUCUGUGAUUUCUACCUUUCUAAUGAAUGUGAACCAGCAAAGCAGCAGACUGAAGAUAGUGGUGCUGUCAGUGGGAUUUUGAUAUGGUAGGACCUAAUGCAUUGACCUGCAUACUUCUGUCUGCUUGUUCUGCAUGUAUAGAGACUGUUAUGGCAAACAGGAUUCUAAGUGGAUUAUUUCAGUCUUUUUAGAUCAGCUUGCUGGCUCAGAGACAUUUCUGAGGAGUGCUUCUGUAGCUACACGUGGCUACAGAGAAGGAUUCUUCUAUUUUCCCCAAAGUAUAUGCAGAGGCAGUACAGAUUGCUGGCAGCAGCAUAGCAAUGUUUCCAUGCUUCCCCUCUGUCGCCCUUGGUCUCUGAUCAGUAGUUGAGCAUCCAGGUUAAUUUCCACUUGUUUUAUCUUUUCCAGCAAGGGACAACUGCUGUCUAAUUCAUGGAAUUAAUGCAUUUCAUAUAUUUUCUGAUUUUACUAAACAACAGCAACGGUGGAAGACUUCUAGCAUGUCACUCCUUCAAACUCUAUGCUCCCUUGCAUUGUAGAAACUGAACACUUUCCCCAGUAAACAUCAGUAACUAUUUAACUCUGGACCCUGAGAAGGAUCCAGAACUUAUGGAGCAAAACAAAUGUUUCUUUUCAGAUCCAACAGGAACUUUCACAAUCUUUUAUAUAUAUAUAUAUAU